AUGCCGGAGCCGACGCGCUGUGCUUCCACGUCUCUCCCUCAGUCAUCUGCCUCUGAUGUAUCCGACCUCACCGCGUCUUCGUGUUUGCCUCCUUCGCGUUCAGCAACUGUGUCGGACGCGUCGCGUGAGAUGCUCGUCUCCUCUUCUGCGCCGACAGCGACGGGCGACAUGCCUUCUGAGGCGGCAUCGUCUUUCUCUUCCGCGUUUUCUUCCGCUUCUUCCUCCAUCGACUUCCAGAGUCCGUCUCCACAGCGGGAGUCUUCCGCGCCUCGAAUGCUCACGCGACGCUCCGGGAAAGCGUCGGCCUCUUCUCUCUCUUUGAAUUCGCCUUCGUGUCCUGCGUCUUGUGCACCGAUGUCUCUCGACGAGAAACGCGCACCUCUUCCGAAGGCGUGGCGAGGAAGAGGAAAGAGCAGAAGCCGAUCACGCGCCUCUGCUGGUUCCCCUGAAGACUAUCCGGAGCAGUGGGGAGACGGAGAAGACGGAGAGGAGAGAGAGAAUGGCGAAGAACAAAAGGGAAGCGGGAGAGAGGACAAGAACGACUACUCCAGCGAAGGCGUCCCAGAAGAAGAGAGAGGCUCCGAUUGGGGGAACGACAGGAGGGAAGGGCGACUCGGUCAGAAGGAAGGAGCAUGGACGGAGAGGGAAAUAAACGAGAGGGAAGAAGGGAAACUGCCACUCUGCUCACGAGGGCACAUUCGAGGCGACGCUCGUGGAAAUGAAGAAGGGAGUGAAGGUGACGAGAAACAUCACGUAGAAACGGGAGACACCGAACACGCCAGCGAAGCAGGUGGUUGUGAUGAUCGCCAAAGAGCAGAAACACGGACAAACAGGGAACGCGAAGAGAGAAAAGCUCGACCCGAGGGUCCGUCUUUUUUUCCUUACCAGGAUGGUGAAGCUGGCGAUCCCUCGGAAUUUCUCGUGUCUUCGUCGCCCGCGUCUGUGCCGUCUUCCUUUGCAGCGUCGGACGCCGUCCAUGGGCUUUCCGUUUUGGAACCUCCCCCCUCGUUGACUGAGACGCCGACUCUCCGAACGCCCCACACGUCUUCGUCUUCCCUUUCUCCUGCAUCUUCUUCGUGUGGCUCUUCGUCGUCUCUCUCGGAGAGACGCGAGGACGGGGGCGGUCUAGAUAUCGGACCUGCCUGCAGUCCCAACAGCACAACACGCACUCGCGCAUCGGGCGACUGUUCUGCUCCUCUGUGUCCCGCAACGCCUCAGAGCUCGGCUGUAGGUACACACGAAGAAGUUGAAAUCGACGACCGCCAGGACGCGCCUUCCCCAUUCUCGUCUUGUUUCCCCUCCUGCUCGUCGCUCUCUUGGAGUCCGGCUGGUGUCGAGGACCGACGCGGGGCGGGAGACGAUAGUGAGGAGAAGACGCGAGAGUCUUCUCUCGUUUCUUUCUCGCCGGCUCCUGGCCAGCUCCGGCACCCUCGCACCUCGACGCUCUCUGACGUCUCUUCUCACCAACCGGGUCCGUCGUUUUUCUCCUCCUCGUCUCCGCGUCUGUCGUCUUCCCUGUCGUCCUCUGAUGCGUCGCUCUCUUCUUCCUUCGUCUCGACAACCGUCGAGAGCCGGGGGGAAGGAGCCAACGACGACUUGGACAAGGAAGCCGCACACGAACUCGCGACUGGGGCCUUCAGAUUCUCCGAUCCUGUCGGGGCGUUUGCCCAAACGCCAAACGACGCAGGCUCCCCACAAUCCCCCCUGUCUCCACGCGGCACCCCAGACAGUGAGGCGGACUCGCCCGCGGGCCGCACCCCUUCCCACGACGCUCAGGGAAUCCGAGGCUACCCAGACGCUGCGAGGUACCCGCCUUCGUUACCUUCUGCCUCGUCACCGCCGCUGUGCACUUUGCCCGUGGUCGCGUCCGUGCCGGCUUCCAAGCAGAGACGGACGGACGCGAGCGAGGCAGGCGAGCCUACGGAAGGCGAGGCUGGGCCGAGAGGCGCCGCUGAGGCGCCCACGCCUUUGCGCUUCUCUGCGGCUCCGGCCUUCCUCUUCUCCCCUUCGUCUUCGUCGUCGGGGCAAGAGAAGCCGGAGGAGACAGGCCGACUGGACGGGUCCUCCGUGAAGGCCGAAGAGACGAGCGACUGCGGAGGGCAGGAGGGGAACUCGCGAGGCAACGGAAGAAUAAAGAGAGAAGGUCGGCACGCAGCAGCACUGACCGACCCCACCAGCGAGUGCCUCUCAGGACGCACGGACACAGACAGAAACGCCCGCGACCCAAAGCGUGAAUCCACCGGCCUCGUCUCCAUGUCUCCUGCGUCUCAUUUGUCUGCCGCCUUGCCGACAUCUUCCUCGUCCUCUUCCUCGUCUUCCUUGUCUUCGUCCGUGCCUUCUGUGAGGCUAUCGUCGGAGGCCUCUGCGCCCUUGCCCGGAGCCCGUGGAGUCGAGGGGUUCCUUUUGCAGUCCUGCGCUUCCCCGCCCGUUUCUGCCCCCGUGCCUGGGUCGGUGUCUGUGUCUGUGAAGCCUUCCUCCGACCGUUUGUCCGGCUCGUCGCCACUUCCUCAAAGCGCAUGCGACGCGUCUGCGCUCCGCCUGGCCGGCGAGAACAACUUUUUCGCGUUUGCGCUCGACGUGCACUCGCCUCGCCGCCAGUCUCUGGCGUCUUCGCUGGCCUUCUCGGCGGGCGCCGUGAAGGGGGCGCUGGGCGACAGUCUCUUGCUCGACCGCUUGGCGGGCGAAGAGCGCGAACGCGUCCCCUGGGACGAGAUGCUGCAUGCAGCGAGAAGCAGAUUGCAGGAUCCACCGAUUCCGCGGACUGAGGACGAGUGGGAAGCGCUGAUCGGCACGAGCAAGACGGCGGACUUCUCGGUCUAUCUGGGGCGCGAGUUGCUGGACGUUUCCAGCGUUCAAGACGAAGCCAAGCACCGAGGCAAGGAGGCCGAGAAGGACGAAGAGGGAGGACUCGCGCGUCCACCGCGUGUGCAGCCGUGGGAAUCGGUCAUUCUCGUUUUGGACCCCAAAACGGCGGCGCUGGCGUCUCCGUACUCUGCAACUGCGAGCGAGGCCGAGCGCCGGGACCUCCCCAUCGUUCUCCUCGAGGGCGCAGGCGACCCCGCAGCUGCGCCCUUCGUCGUCAUCGAAGAAACCUUUUUGGACCAAGACGGCAGCUUCGCGGAUUCACCGGCGUCUUGCCAGUCUGCGAGAGGCUGUGGAGAAGCACGAGGAUACGCCGAGGGCGCCUCGAACGCGUGCGGGCCUCGGGGUGAGACAGGACAAGUCCAGGCGAAAGAUGCAGAGAGAGGGGACGGCGAAGGGCAGCCGCGGGCUCCCGGCACGUCUUCGGCUCUCGGGAGGGAAGACAAGAGCGAGCGGCAGACGGUCGCAGAAAAGGGAGGGGCAACCGCGAACGAUCACGUCGAGAGAAAAGCGGAGCGGCGUGUGUUGGAAAGAAGCGCGUCCGCAAAGACGCGGAGACAGCUUGGCCGCCUCGUGCUUGAGGCCGCCAGCAGUGGGGUCGGCCGGAGAGCCCUGGAGGAGACAGGCGAAGCGGCGAGAAACGAGACGUGCAUGCAGGACGCAGCUGGAAGCCACGGGUCGGGAGACCUCGGAGCGACACGAAGGAAGGCGAGUGCAGAAGAGCGAGAGGGAGCAGAACGGGUGUCGGCGCGUGAAUCGGGAGAGAAAACAGACGAAAGGGAAGCGAGAGAUGAAACGGCAGCAGCGGCUGACCCGUACCCAAUGCUGCCGCCUCGUUCAGACACCGAACCGACACCGGCGUCUCUGCCCGCCACACUGCCUUCGUCCUCGUGCUCCUCUCCUUCCUCUUCUUCCUCUUCUUUCUCUGAUUUGUCUUCUUCUGCGACAUCUCAGGCGCGUGACUCGUCUUCGCGGGCUUCUGGCGGGCUCAGCCUGUCAGGACGUGCCCCGUCGUUUGCAGCGUUUCGCGAGAGCCUCCAGCGCGCUGUUGCCUGUGCGUCUUCUGCUGAAGUGGAUCCUCGCCUGCUGAGCCUUCUGCGCCUCGCGGACGCGAUGGAGGAACCCCAGGGAGGCAAAGGCGAAGAAACGGGCGAAAACGGUGAAGGGCGUGGGGAUAUUCCGGGGGACCGAGUCGAGAAAGCGGAGGAAACGGGCUCCGGAAAUCCGGUGCAUGUGCCGCGUGGUGCUCCGCUGUCUUUGCCGCACGAUUCGAGCCACGCUGGAAGUUUGGAGCCUGAAGGGGUCGUUUCGGUUGACACGCAAGGAAGCGAUGAGAAGCCGUCGGUGCGUCUUGGCACAAGCGCCGCUUCUUCGAGUGUGUCGUCGCUGUUCUUUUCGCCGUUAUAUCCGCACGCAGCGCCGACCCUUUCGGCAGCGCUCGCGGCGUCUCCGGCAGCCUCGUUUUCGUCGAUUCUUUUCGCCGGCGCGCCCGUGUCGCCCUGCGACCUCAGCAUGGUCGAGGCAGCGCGGCGUGUCCAGGAGGAAGAAAAGCGGAGGGAAAAGAGAGAAAGGCGUUUUCUGCAGGAACUGCUUCGAGGGUUCGGCGGGAAAACUUCGGAUUUGCAUGUGCCGAUUCCGCUGUGUCUCUUUCCGCCUCCUGCGCGUCGAAUUUCGCAUCUCGGAGCGGUCCAGAUGUGGAACGAGUUGCGGCACAGCCACGCUGCGGCGGCCACCUCGUCUGCGAAUCCAACGCGCGAGGGUACGCGCUCCUCGCGAGCAGGAGACCGCCGAAGUCUCCUGUCUGCCGGUGACUGUCACCUGAGCUCAGACGCUCGAGAUCUCCCUGGCGUCGCCGCCUCCUCGCUCGUUCCAACUCCGCAGGCCCUCGCUGCGCAGAGCCGCACGCGCGGCACCAGUUGCGGGCACAGUGGAGGUGCGCCGGUCGGCGACAGCGGCGUGUUCUCGCGGGGGGAAAUGAACUUUUCGCCGUCUUCGUCAGCGCCUUCUUCGUCGCCGCUCUCCGCGUCUUCCGACCGGAAAAAGGCGCUCCCCGCUGCCGCCUCGCUCGCGUCGUCGCCGUUCCUCCAGGGCGUUCCCACGGCUCCGGACGACAAGGGUGCGGCGUCUCCGGCCGAGCGGCUGCUCGGCUCGAGCCCGAGCGGCGUCUGUACGUCGACCGCGGAGGCGAGGCGCGAAAUCGGCGAGUUGAGUUUGGCGCUGAUUCGGCGGAGUCCCGACAUUCUUCUUCUCCCGAUUCAACAGCAGGAACUUGCGCUUCAGCAGCAACUCCACCAGCUGAUGCUCUGCAGGCACUGGUGGGCGGAGGAGAUGGACCGGAGUUUGUAUCGGCCGCCGGUCGUCUCCGAGGAAGACAAAAACGCAAAGAUCAUCGACGCGCCGCCCCUGUCGGCGCCCCCACCAGAAGGCGCCGCGAGAAGCCUCGGAGCCAUGUCCCCCGCAAGUCGAGAGAAAGAGGGCCGGGAGCGAGACAGGGGCGAGGAAGGCGCGCUGGGCGACGAGCGCAGAGGUGAGCGGUCGGCGAAGCGCAGCGGGGCUGUGGGCGCGAAGAAGCCGAGCAGCGACGAGAAGAAGAGGGGCAGAAGCGCCAGAGAAGAGACAACGCACGACGACAGCCAGGCCUUCCCGAACGUCCUGGAGCCGUCCAGUCUGAUGAAGGAAAUCUUCGGCCUGCAAAAGUUGCCGGGAAGCAAAGCGUACAGAAAGCUCAAGGACCCUAGAAGUGGGCCGCCUUCCUGGGGCACGCAGGUCUGGUUUUCCCUCGGGCGCCGCGCAGAGCUGGAGUUCCUUCUUCGGCGUCACUUCUAUCCGGAAACAUGCAGAGGAGAGCGUGCCUCCGCUUCGGCGGCGGCUCCGGCUGCGGGAACGCCGUGCAAGAAGCGGGGCAAGGAAGUCCCAGCCGGCGCCGCAUGCACGCGGACUGGGUCACCGGGAGAGGCCAAGCCCAUUGGCCAGUCGGCCGUUGCGCGCGAGAAGGUGUUGAAAGAGAAGAGGAGAGGCCGCGCAGGGGGGCUGUCGCGAGGCCGCGACGAGGACGAAGAGCCGCUGGAAGAAGACGGAGAAGACCAGGCGCCGGACGGGUCAGAGGCGACUGCUCCAGGGGCGGGCGCGCUCCCGGCAGAAGAGGGCAGCGACAAAGGGUCCAAGUCCUCGACGGAAAAGGAAGAAGGCGACGAAGACUGUCUCCUCCAUCCUCUUCUUCUCCUGCGCAUCGCCAACUGCGAGUGGCGAAUUCUGCGCGACGCCGUCCCCGAUGUCGUGAAGAUCUUCAAGCAACACGUGCGGUGCUUCAAACUGAAAAGAAACCCAUACGUGACGACGUUGCAGCAACAAGUCGACUACAAACUCGCUGUGAUGGCGUCCCUGCGUUCGCCGUUUUACCGAGUCGCCUCGCCGUUCGUGGACCACGCGAUCCGGUUGAUUCUUCGGCACCGCUUCGGCGCCUUGUCGCUGUCGUUCGUCUCGCCAUCGCCGUUGGAACUGGACGAGGCCGGCGCCGAGCGUGCGGGGUUUCCGGCCGUCGCACGCCCAGACGAAGAGGAGCUUGCUCCUUCCCGCGGAUUGCCCACAUCUCGGCUUCUCAGCGACGAGCAGGAGAAGCGCGAAGGCGCCGAGGACGACGACUUGCGACGGAAAGGCCGGCAGAGUGGCUACGCGCUCCCCUUCUUCGGGCGAGACAGUGUGGGGAAGGUCGCCCCCGCAGCGCUGUUCACCUCGCUCGCGCCUGCAGUCGCCGCUCCCUCUGGUUUGCUGCAUGCGCCUCUUCCUGCAGCUCGGCUCGGCGAGGAGGAGCGAGUCGACGAGCAGCUGGGAAAAGGCUGCAGGAAGAAGGUGAAGCGGCGGCGGCUCCACGAAGACGACGACGCUUCUCUGGCCCCAAGUCCGUUCCCUUCCCCGGAGCCGCCGGAGCGCGAGAGCGCCCUCGGGUCCUUCCCCUUCGCCUCCCUGGGAGACGACGAGGGGCGGGCGGCGGGCAUCGAAGAGGCAGAAAGCCCGAUCCUGCCGCCCGAGUGUGCGCAUCUCGUCCGCAUCAUUCAGCACGGCGAAGAUGCAGGGGACAUCGUGGAGGCGCAGGAAGACGAAGGACUGCAUGCGCUCCUCGCGCUCUUCCCGUCGCUGUCUCACGCCGUGCGCGUUUUUGCGCGAUUUUUCGCUGCGUGUCGACGCCUGUCUCUGAGGGGCGCCGCGCAGCGGGCGGAUGUCGGAGACGGCGGCGAACGCCUCAGCAACCUCGCGAGAGAAGUCCAGAUGGAUGAACCCCUUUUCAAAGCCGUUGUGACGCACCCCUGGACAGCUUGGCUCUCCUGGUUCUUUUGGGCGAAAACCAAGAAUCCAGGAAUCCCCUGUCUCCCUUCCUCUCUCCCUGCUGAUAUAGGUCGGCCCUCGCCUCUUCCCCUGUCGCCACCGCCUCUUCCUCCGGCUUCGCCCCCGUCCCUUUCGUCUUGGUCGUCUUCUGCGGCUGCCUGUUUGCCGGCUGUAUGUGUGUCGUCUUCCGCGGGAAGAGAGGAGGCGUCGGAUCCUCUCGUUCUGCCUCGGCGCGCGUUUGCGCACUUUGGAAACUUUCAAGAGUUUCCGCGGUUUGUCUGCGGCGGCCUGGACCGUCUGAAGUGCAUCCGCCGGCGGCGGUUCCGUGUCGAGGUGCGCAAGGGUACGGGGUGCCUAGCCAACAGCUUCUCCUUUUCCUUCUCCUCGCUGUCUUCGCCGUCGCGCGCCGACGGACAGCGCGACGGAGAAGCGCGCGAUGGAAAGGAAAGCGCAUGCAGCCUGCGGAAGGCGGCUGCUCAGUCUGGGGGGGCCGAGAACCCGAGAGGCGAAGACACACCAGAAAGUCCGGGCCCGACUGGAGCCUCGGGAGCGGCCCCAGCGACGCAGGGUGCGGGGAAGAAGAAGAAAAGCCGCAAGGGAGGGAAGAAGGGUGACGGGAAGAAAGACGAGCGCCGGGACGAAGAGACAGCCGGUGGAGACGGAGUGGGCUCGAACCAGGAAAAAGACGCGGCGCUGGAAGAAGAGUGGGGCGCGUGGAGUCUGGAGAGAGUUGGAGUCGGCGGAAAGUACUACCGGAUGAUUGAGGUCGAGGAGAUUCCCGAUGAAGAACUCGCCCAGACCAUCCUGCUGCCGUUCCAUUCUUCGUUUCGGGAAGACGUAUGCGGCGCCGGAGAGGGCGAGGACGCGAACGCCCCGGACGAUCCGGAGAAGACGCCGGACGGCAAGGCUGCACAAGUCAAACGCGAGACACUGGAGGUCGCAGGCGGCCUGCCUGUCUCCGUGUCUCCGGCGCCCCUGGGUACCGGUUCUCCCAGAAGCAAGGGCGUGGCGGAAGAGGAGAGCGAACCGAAGGCGAAGGGAGAAAUGACGACGCCGGACGACGAAGGAGCCGUCGCCAAGCGGAAGGCCUUCCUUCGCACCGAGGCUCUUCUGCGCCUUUUCGAAUACCGACAAAGCGUCCCAGAAAAACUCGAACCCGGCCUUGCCGUCCAGUUCGCGAGCAGUCUGAUCCCUGGGAGCCAUGUGGCGUGGUGGGAAGGCGUGAUUAUCUCCGUGAAGGAAGACGAAGGUUCCGGCAGCGCGCCGACCGGUCCGCCGGGGCCGUCUCCGCCCUCGGCUCUCGCUUCCCUGCCGUUGAAGCCUUCGGCCUUUCCUUCCUGCUCGGUCGACAAGAAGAAGCGAAGACGCCCGUCUCCCGCCUUUCUGUCUCUCCCUUCUUCCUCGUCCGUCGGCAGCCAGUCGGAGGCGACGUCUGCGUCGUGCUCAGCCGCUGGCGAGCGCGACCUGGACGGCGAGAGCGGCCGACGCGGACGGGAGAGGCGCGACAAGGCCGGCGAGGCGAAGAGCCCCGACUCGGAGGCUGCAGAAGACAGAGACGAGGACAAGGUGCGCGCAGAGGAAGAAGACGAAGCCGGCGGAUGGGUCGAGAUCGCCUACCAAGUCGGGCCCCGGACUGUGAAGAGAGCGUUCACGUCGCUUCGCUUGUUCAUGCCCCAGAACGUCCCUCUCGCCGAGCCAGCCGAAGGCUGUUGGCGGCUUCGUCCUCGCUCGCCUUUCUUCUCGGCACCGCCGCCUUCUCUCGCGCACUUUCUGCGUCUCCUCCACCUCCAAGAAAAGGCGCAAGACGCCGAAACCUUUCCACCGUCGCCUUCGGCUUCUUCGGCGGCUUCGGAUUCUGCGUCGGAGGAUCCGUGGGAGGGUGCGUUGAUGGCGGAAGGCGCCGGGGACGAAGGAGCGGUUCGGCACAGGUACCGGGUCAGCCUGCUCGCUCACGACGUCUGGCCCGGCGCGGUCGUCUGCGUGCGCAUGGAGGAGAAUCCGCACGAGUUGCACGACGCCCUCGUGCUGAAUGUCCGGACCGCGCCUUGCUGCUGCCCCGCGCGGCACAGACAGCAGGGCUGCGCGUUCUCCGACGACGAGGACCUCGCUCUGGACGAGGACGAGGCCCGAGACGCACAGGACGCGAAGGACGGACAUGCGCACACAGGAGAGGCGGAGCGCAUGCAUAACUCCGCGGGCGACGCGCCCGAGGAGCGAGAAGCGGAGGCGCAGGGCGAAGCUGCGAAAGACGAGGCGCGACUCGCAGAGAAGAAAGCUGACAACACGCAGCUGAUCGAGGCCAGUGCCAAGGAAGGCGCGAAGGUGGGAGGCAGCCAGGAGGAAACGGCGGCUUUGCGGGGCGGCGACGGGCCCCACCCUGCAGGCGCGCGUGCGGCAGGCGCAGGGACACCUAAGAACGGGGGAGCGCGGGCAGACGAACACCUCCGGGGAAGAUGCACAUGCAGCUGGCGACCGGGGCCUGGCGCCACAGACGAGGCAGGAAACGCGUUCACGGUCUGCGCGACUGGUCACACUCCGCCGUCGUACUUCUCUUCUCUCCUGCCGAGUUCCUCGGCACGUGGCGAAGCCGCCGCGGCGCACGCAACUCCUCAACUUCGCUGCGCCCUCGAGGGCCGACGCCAGUUCCUCGCGACUUCUUCCUUUCCCUCUUCUUCCUUUUCCUCUUCUCCGCCAGUGCGUGUGGUGGCUGUGAAAUUGUUGUAUUUCGCGGACGCGGCGGUGGAGUGGAUUUCUGUGGAUGUUCUCCGCUACCGUCUGUGCUACGACGUCCACCCGCAAGACCCGUCCGUGCCGCUCGCGUUGCUACGCCCGCGGUGGGUUUGGGUGAUUCCGCGCUUCGUCGCGCCGCUGCCGCCCCAACUCCAUCAUCUCCAGGACUUGCUGGCCGCACUCACGAAUGGUCCCGCUUCGGGGACUGUCUCUUUCGCCUCGCCGGGUGGGGAGGCUCUGGGCGGCGGCAAGGCGCCGGGCGACCGCGAGGAAGGCCUCGCGUCGACGAUUCACACCGUUUUCUCGCGCUACCUGCGCGUCGCGCCGGGGACUGCCUCGUGUGCAAAGGCGUCGCUCUGGUACAUUCCCGCGGACCUGCAGCUCCACCCCGCAUGCAUGCCGCCCUUUGUUCACGUGCCCGCCGGCGCCUUCCCGUCGAACGCGAAGAGGCGCGAGAAGCCCGAGAGGAGCGAGCAGGCGACGCCCGCGCGCGAGACGGGAGAAGGCGCUGCCGUUGGGAGAGGCGAGACGGACGGGAGCGUGGACGGCUGGGGCGAGACAGCGAAGAUCGAGAAGGCCAGGGAGAGGCGGAAGACCGGCAAUGCCGACGAGGCCGAGGCUGCAGAGAAAGGGAGACUGCACGACGAGGGAACGAAGCUAAGGAAGACGGCCGACGAUCGGGAGGCGGCGGCGAGGGCCACCGAAGAGAACACUGAGAACGACGGCAAGCAGGACCCGAAACAGGAAGGAAAAUCUGUCCACGAAGAAACGCCCACGGCCGUCUCCGCGUUGGCCGUCGCUCCGCCUCAACCGACCGCUGCGGCGUCGCUGGCCGAAGGGGCCCCGGCGCGGGCCUCUUCGGCCUCCCCAGCCAAGCGAGACAGUCAGGCGCCGCAGGCAGACGAGAAGGAGGCGACUUCGAUUUUGUUCGCCCCCACCAUCUGCAAGUUCCUCCAGCCAGACUUGGAUCCGCGCGCUCUGCUCCUUCAGAACUUGUGGAUUUACCGCUACCCGUCGAUGCCCUAUUUCCCGCCCCACACGGCGCCCGCCAUCGGGGCGAUGCUGGCGUCCGCGCAGGCCUCGGUGGCCUCGAAUCGCCACGCCUUUGUGCGUCGCGCGCCGCUCUUCGCUUCUCGCGAUGGAGGCGGCGCCGAGAGCGACCGCGCGCACGCCCCGGAGCGGGCCGGAGACGCGGCCGCCGUGUGCGCCUUCGCCCCUCCACACGGCGAAGCGGGGCUCGGCGAGGACGUGAAAAGCGACAAGGAACCCGCGUGGGGAGAAAAGGAAGACUCGCGCGCAGGCAGCGACACGGGCGGAGACCCGACAGGACUGGCAGAUGCCCAGGCGGCCUCUGCCGGCGCGGCCAGCGAGGCUCCAGUCUCCUCGACGACCGCGGUCGCAGGGAGGUCUCUGGAGUCCGGCGCACGGAGACAGUCCCCUCCAGGAGAACGGGAGGUGGGCGAGGGAGGCGAGAGCGAGGACGGAGUCGAAAAGGCCUCAGCAGGCGAGGCGGCGUCCUUGCAUGCGCGAGCAGAGCCUGUCACGGCCGAGGAAGAACCGGCAGAGGCGCUGGAGAGAGAUCGAGCAGGCGCCGAUAACGUCCAAGGACUGGCCACGCCGCACUCUCGCUUGGUCGCACAGGUGGCCAGGGAGGGCGCAAGCCGUCAGGGAGUUGGGGGCGAAGAAGAGGAGAGGAACGAAGCCGCUCUGGGGACUCUCGCUCACCAUCCGUCCAAAGAGAAGAGGGAGGAAAGAGUCGACCCUGUGUCGCUGUCUUGGCGCCGGUCUGGGUCCUCGCCGAGCCCCGUUUCCGACGGUCUCGACAGUGCAGCGGCGGGGUCGCGAGAGGACAGGAGACGCCGAGGUCGCAAGAACAGCGUGGACGCUUCGGGCGACACAGAGAGGCUGGAGGGGGACCCAGACGAGACGCCGGAGACGAAGGGGCGAGAGAAGCGAGAACGCGACGAAGAAAGUGGGCAGACUGGGAAUCCGAGCUCGCGGUGGAGUUCCCGGAGAAAGGGAGCGAUGGGUCGUGCUGCGCCUCCACCGGCUGAGGACGUGGGUUGCCCCGCGGAAGAUCGGGCGCCUCAAGAAGAGAGAAGUCAAGACGAAGGAAGCAAGGUGAGAGCACGCGAGGAGUCUGAGGGCGGAGUUCUCGGCGACGACGAGACGCUACCUGACAGGGAAAAGGGAGAGGAGUGUCGGCGAAGCACCAAGACAAAGCUGGUGGCUGUGUCGUGUCCUGUCACGGCCGCUAGCUGCGCGGUUCCUGCUGCAGGUCUCGAGAGAGACAAGGGCAGCGAGACAGUGGAGAGGGAGGACGACGCAGCCGCUCCCGCGUCGGCUACCUGCAAGAACAAGCGAGGCGCAAAGCGCACGCGGCGCAUGUGCGACGGCGGGAGAGAGAGUAGAGACGUCGAGAAGGAGAUGAGUGGCGGGGAGCGCGAACGAAAGAAAGGCAAGAAGCAGGCGGCGAUCACCCUUCACGUGUCCAAGAGCCAGAAAGACGGAUCGGAGCGAACAGAGCUCUCAGCUGGCCUCAGUUUCCCUGCUGCGCUGCUCAGCACCAACGAAGACGCGUCUUCCCCCGCGUCCUCGUCUUCCUCCUCCUCUUCGUUCAUUGAAGUCAUCGAAGUCGAAAGUGUGUCGACACCCGACAGUGAGUCGCGAGUGAUUCUUCAAGAAGACGACAGAGCACGCUCUCUGUCGAAAGAGGGGCGCAGUCGAGCGGACGGCGCUUCUCUCACCCCGGCGGCUGCCUACGUCGAGGUCGGCCUGCCUCGGGACCCCUCCCAGAGCUCCCAAACGCAGGCCCUCGCGCCUCCGUCGUCGCCGUUGUCUCCUUCCUCUCUCUCUGCGUCUCCUUCUCCCUCGCUUUCUGCUUCGCCGCCGGCGUCCGCGUGCUCCCAGGGAGGGGCGAGGCCGAGCCGGGGGGGCGUGACCCGCCAGGGCGAGUCUCCGAGUGUCUCCACGCGAGGCUCUCUCCUUUCGGCGCCUGCGUCGGGCCCUGCGGCUGCGGCCGCGCUAGCGAGUGCGGAGAGCGAGCGCGGCGGGCGGCGAGCGGAGGGAGACUGGGAGAGAGGCAGGCGGCAAAACGUGGCCGACCCGGAGAAAGACGAGUCAAGCGCAGCCGCUACACAGACUCGCGAGGGCGAGAGCGAAGAAGGUCGCGAGCGAAGAGGGCGGGACCGAAGUGAAGGAGACAGUGGGGCGAGGCACGGGGCGUCGUUGUCACCUGGGCCCUGGGGAGUCGAGCUGGCGUCGUCAGGUCCAGUUCGAGGCCGUCGUGGGGACAGAGAGCGAGGCUUCGAGAGACGCGACGACGAACUGGACGACGACGGCGAAGGCCACAAUGUGCUGGGCAAAUCGCAGCCGCUCCUCGAGUGGAGCCAGCUGACGUGGGCGACGGAAGACGAGGUCGAAGAAGAGAGCAAGCGCGACACCAAAAGGGACGGAAAGGGGACGAAAAAGAAGAAAGUGAAGGUGACUGGAGCACCGGCUUCCUCGCGCGCCGCCGUGGCGAGUGAAGGACAUCCGAUGCCGCUGGGGCCGGGUGUCUCUGCCUCGCGCGAGGGUUUGAAAAAAGGAAAAAGUGUCCUCGACAAACUGCCUGAGCAGCCAGGACUGGCCCAGGAAGCGGCCGCCGGAGGUAUCGCGGGGGCCGCCUGCUCGGCCCUUCGUGGCUCUCACCGAGAGGGUGGAGACCGGGAAGGACCGCAAAAAGGGGAUAAGAACGAGACACACAACGCGCCGUGGUCUCCGCCCCGCCGCCGCCUCAGGGAUCGGCGCCUCUGCGCGGGUUUUGCGUGA